CGCCCUCCCAGCGCUGGGGACGCGGCGCUCGAGCUCCCGCCCGAGCCCGGGAAAACGGAGACGGGGAGGCGGCCCAGCUCUGCGCCCGCAUCAUGCCCGCCGCAGAGCCAGGCGCCGCCGUCCUCGUGGAGCUCGCGGAGGUGACGACGCUGCGGGCCGCUGGGCCGCGGCAGCGAGGGUAGCGGGGCCCCGGCCCCGAGGCGCCAGAGGCGGGCGGAGAGGGAGGGGGAGCGGCAGGCAUCCUCCGCGGCGCGGCGGGCGGGCGGCGGCCCUGCUGCCCCGGCGCGCCCCUGGCCCGGGAGCCCAGAGAAUGCGAGCUGCGCUCCACGCCGGCCGCUGCCUACCCCCGCGCCCCGUGCCCGGGGCCCCCCGGAGCUGCUCGCUUCGCCGCCGUCCUCCAGCUGCGGGCGCCCGGCCGCUGGCUGCGCUAGGACCCGCCGCGGCCGCCGCCGGUCCCCGAGGGCUGGUGGGAAGGGAGGAGCGGGAGCGAGAGGGCCCCGGAGACUGGCGCCAGGUGGGGCGCAGCGCGGCAUGUAGCUGCGGGCUCCCUCUAGAAGGUGUCGGCCCGGGGCCCCGCCAUGGCGGGGACGGGCAGCGGGAACCUGAAGACUGUAAGGCUGUGGCGGGACGCCGCCCUGCGCGCCAGGAAGCUGCGGAGCAACCUGCGCCAGCUCACUCUCAGCGCAGCGGGGGGCUGCUCGGGGGCCGACCAGAUCGACUCCCCCAACACCCCCCAGCUCAUGCUGCCGGCCAAUAUCGGGGACAUUGAGGUGCUGAACCUGGGGAACAACGGCCUGGAGGAGGUGCCCGACGGGCUGGGCUCGGCGCUGGGCAGCCUGCGCGUCCUGGUCCUGCGCCGGAACCGCUUCACCCGGCUGCCCCCGGCGGUGGCCGAGCUGGGCCAUCACCUUACGGAGCUAGACGUGAGCCACAACCGGCUGAGCGUCCUGGGCGCCGAGGUGGUAAGUGCCCUUCGCGAGCUGCGGAAGCUCAACCUCAGCCACAACCAGCUGCCCUCCCUGCCCGCCCAGCUGGGCGCCCUGGUCCACCUGGAGGAGCUGGACGUCAGCUUUAACCGGCUGACGCACCUGCCCGACUCCCUCUCCUGCCUUUUCCGCCUGCGCACCCUCGACGUGGACCACAACCAGCUCACGGUUUUUCCCAGGCAGCUGCUGCAGCUGGUGGCCCUAGAGGAGCUAGACGUGUCCAGCAAUCGGCUGCGGGGCCUCCCUGAGGAUAUCAAUGCCCUGCGUGCACUCAAGAUCCUCUGGCUGAGCGGGGCCGAGCUUGGCACCCUUCCCAGUGGCUUCUGCGAGCUGGCCAGCCUGGAGAGCCUCAUGCUGGACAACAACGGGCUGCAAGCUUUGCCCGCCCAGUUCAGCCGACUGCAGCGACUCAAAAUGCUCAACCUCUCCUCCAACCUCUUUGAGGAGUUCCCUGCUGCGCUGCUGCCCCUGGCUGGGCUGGAGGAGCUCUACCUUAGUCGCAACCAGCUCACCUCAGUGCCAUCCCUUAUCUCGGGCCUGGGCCAUCUUCUCACCUUGUGGCUAGAUAAUAACCGGAUCCGGUACCUGCCGGACUCUAUCGUGGAGCUGACCGGCCUGGAGGAGCUAGUCCUCCAGGGGAACCAGAUCGCUGUGCUGCCAGACAACUUUGGCCAGCUCUCCCGGGUAGGCCUGUGGAAGAUCAAGGACAACCCGCUUAUCCAGCCCCCCUACGAGGUCUGUAUGAAGGGGAUCCCCUACAUCGCAGCCUACCAGAAGGAGCUGGCUCAUUCCCAGCCAGCAGUCCAGCCCCGCCUCAAGCUGCUCCUGAUGGGCCAUAAGGCUGCAGGAAAGACCCUGCUCCGUCACUGCCUCACUGAGGGCAGAGUGGAGGGGAAUCAAGGUGGAGGUGACAAGGAGAAGAGCUACCUCCCUUCAUCUCCUCCCGUGAGCAAGGGCAUCGAGGUGACCAGCUGGACAGCAGAUGCCUCCCGGGGCCUGCGUUUCAUCGUGUAUGACUUGGCCGGGGAUGAAAGUUACGAGGUGAUCCAGCCCUUCUUCCUCUCCCCCGGGGCCCUUUACGUGCUGGUGGUUAACUUGGCCACCUAUGAGCCGCUGCGCUUUCCCACCACCGUGGGCUCCUUCUUGCAUCGGGUGGGGGCCCGGGUGCCUCAUGCCGUCGUGUGCAUUGUGGGCACCCACGCAGACCUGUGCGGGGAGCAGGAGCUAGAGGAGAAGUGUCUGGACAUUCACCGCCAGAUCGCCCUGCAGGAGAAACACGAUGCUGAGGGGCUGAGCCGUCUGGCCCAGGUGGUGGACGAGGCACUGGCCCGGGACUUCGAGCUGCGUUCCGCCAGCCCCCAUGCAGCCUACUACGGUGUUUCCGACAAGAACCUUCGGCGGCGCAAGGCUCACUUCCAGUACCUGCUCAACCACCGGCUGCAGAUCCUCUCCCCCGUGUUGCCCGUGAGCUGCAGGGAUCCCCGCCAGUUACAGCGCCUUCGGGACAAAUUGCUCUCGGUGGCUGAGCACCGGGAAAUCUUCCCCAACUUACACAGAGUGCUUCCUCGAUCCUGGCAGGUACUGGAGGAGCUGCACUUCCAGCCGCCUCAGGCGCAGCGGCUCUGGCUCAGCUGGUGGGACUCGGCUCGCCUGGGCCUGCAGGCGGGGCUGACCGAGGACCGGCUGCAGAGUGCCCUCUCCUACCUGCAUGAGAGCGGCAAGCUGCUCUACUUUGAGGACAGCCCGGCUCUCAAGGAGCACGUCUUCCACAACCUCUCGCGCCUCAUCGACAUCCUCAACGUCUUCUUCCAGAGGGAUCCUUCCCUGCUGCUGCAUAAGCUGCUCUUAGGGACCAGCGGUGAGAGCGAGGGGGAGGGUGAGAGCUCCCCACUAAAGGCUCUGUCCACCCAGAGCCAGGACACGCUUCGGGCCACGCAGCUCCAUCAUUACGUGGAGGGCUUUCUGCUUCACGGGCUCCUGCCAGCCCAUGUCAUCCGGUUGCUGCUUAAGCCUCAUGUCCAGGCUCAGCAGGACCUGCAGCUGCUGCUGGAGCUGCUGGAGAAGAUGGGACUCUGUUACUGCCUCAACAAACCCAAGGGCAAGCCUUUGAAUGGGUCCACGGCCUGGUACAAGUUCCCGUGCUAUGUGCAGAACGAGGUGCCCCACGCGGAGGCCUGGAUUAAUGGGACCAACCUGGCCGGGCAGUCUUUUGUGGCUGAGCAAUUGCAGAUUGAAUAUAGUUUUCCCUUUACUUUUCCACCUGGCUUGUUUGCACGCUACAGUGUCCAGAUUAACAGCCAUGUGGUGCACAGGUCGGAUGGCAAACUUCAGAUCUUUGCAUACAGAGGGAAAGUCCCUGUGGUGGUGAGUUACAGACCUGCCAAGGGGGUCCUGCAGCCAGACACUCUGUCCAUUGCCAGCCAUGCAUCAUUACCAAACAUAUGGACGGCAUGGCAAGCCAUAACCCCCUUGGUAGAGGAACUGAAUGUCCUACUUCAAGAAUGGCCUGGACUGCACUACACCGUGCACAUUCUCUGUUCUAAGUGCCUUAAGAGAGGGUCGCCCAAUCCACAUGCUUUCCCAGGGGAGUUGCUGAGUCAGCCCAGACCGGAAGGAGUGGCAGAGAUCAUUUGUCCCAAGAACGGCAGCGAGCGGGUGAAUGUUGCCUUGGUGUACCCACCCACACCGACUGUGAUCAGCCCCUGUUCCAAGUAUCUCCAUACUUUCUUGGACAAUUAAGUGGAAAAGAUAGUGCUUCUUUCCCUUAUGCCAUCAUUUUUACUGUACCCACUCUGUGACUUUAGGAGCACCAAUUUUUAAGGGAAGAAUGCUGGUGAAAAGCACAGAAACCAGUGACUUUUAUGGCUGUGGAAUUUCCGUGGAGAUUAGAGCCUCAUCGGGACUCAAGCUGGACCAUCUUUCGUGCCCGGCACACCCUGCGUCCUCCCGGGCAUGUUCCAGGACCUUGCGUGCGUACGUGUGCAGGGUGCUUUCCGGGGAGGAGGCACACCUAGCUUGUAGGUGAGGCGGGGAGGGGAGGAGGGGAGGAUGGGAGAGAAUAUGGAGCAAAUAUUUUACAACCUGAACCUCAGAACUGUGAUCCUCCAAGGAGAGCGCUACUUGAAGAAAAGGAAAAAAAAAGUCAAAUGGCUUCUCAGGGAUUUUGUUUUCCAUGCACAUAUAAGCCAUAGUUCCAGGAAAGGUGGCAGUAUUUAGAGCACUCAGAUUUCAGUUCUGUUAAAUGUGAAAGAGGGAUUGACUGACCAUUCAUUGCCGUUCCAUAACUAGUGUAAAAUAUGUAUAUGUUUAUCUUUAUUUUUAUAAUAUGCAAAUACAUUUAAAUUUAUACAGUUUGAAGCUUCUAGCGUUAGCUGACACUGGGUGCAAUAUUCUGACGAGAACUGUGCCAAGAUGGGGCUUUCUUAUUUUAGCCUAGGAUCUUUUUGUUUAUUCUUUAUUCUUUAAUCCUUUGCAGAUUAAAAAAAAAAAAAGAUAUUUCUCUCUCUGCCCACGGAUUAAGUGUUAGUUCAUAGAGGUUGACACUAUCGGUAAGUCGUGCAUUUCAGGUCCCCUCCCCUCCUUUUAAAUAAAGGUCCCUGCCUGCAAACCGCUAGACAGGGCAAUAGGGUUAGUCCUGUCCUUUGCCCACAUAUGACUAGUGCUGGGCAGAGUCCUCCUUCCUUCAGGCUUUGUGAUGACUGAGUUGUCCCUGGCUGAGAGGCUGACAGGGGCCUGAUGUUAGGAUUCGUCAGGGGACGGGGACGAAGGGCUCCAUGAAUCCAUGGAAAAGCGGAGUCUUGCAAUAGCUUAUGAUAAUCAGGAGUCUGUUGUGAAGUGUGUGAAGAGCUCUGCUAACAAGUCCUUUCCCCCCAGAACAGCCUGUGCAGUUUAGCAGGGCGCUCGAAACCGCCCCCCCCCCCCCCCCCGGGCUGCCCGGCCCUCAGCGGGGGCUGCCCGCCUGGGCGCACGGCUCCCGGCAGCCGGGCUGCUGCCGGGGCCUACUGAAAGCCUGGUUUAAAAUCUCCACAAGGUGAAACUUAAAAAGCCAACCAACCAAACUGCUCCCUCUCCUACUUCUCAUCCAGCCCAGACAGCCUCUGCUACAACAGUAACACAUUCUUUUAAGAAUGUGAAGGGUUCUGUUUACAUCUGCCUGCCUCCUCCCGUGUUGACUGAAAAUGUGUAAAACUGCUUCUCACUCGUGUGGAGCAAGAAAAGUGAGUCCGCUGGUAUUAUUCUUUGACUUCCUUUAUCAAGUAUUGACUCUCAGAAUGGCGCAGUAUGUGGAGUCUCCACAUAUUUUUUAAGAGAAAUAACAAAGCGGCAAGUGGCCACAGUGGGGAAAACCAUGAAUUGAUUUUUGUAGAUUAUUUUGUGCCCCAGGAGUGAACCUCGUUAACUCCAGAACCUCCAGGUAAACACGACUGGACUCUUACACUCCUAAAAUCAAAUGGGAUCAGACUAGUUCUGUACUUUUUAAUACUUGAAAUCGAAUACGACACCUUGAAUUGGGAUUUCAUUUUCUUUUAAGCAGUCACGAGAUUCACCUGGUUCAUCCCUUUGUCACAGUUCUCCUGCGCGUGUGCAUGUGCGCGUGGGGGUGUGUGUGUGUGUGUGUGAACUAAAUGGUAACAUUGAAUUGCUUUGGGGGGCAUAAAAGUUUUGAUUGGCACUGGACGGUUCCUAAACUGUCAAAUUAACUGGCUUUGACCAGUCUUUUGAAAAGACUGUUAAGUGUGUGACUUCAGGCUAACUCCCCAGGGGACCGUAUUAAUGGGGGGAAAAAAGCUCCUUUGGGUGACACAUCCUGCAAAGUGUUUGCUAUUAUGAACAUAGAUGCCCACAUUCUUAAUAUCUGCUAUUUUCUGACAAGUGAUGUUUUCUGCUGUCAUCUGAACCCUAGAGAAGCAGUGUGAGAGGAAAUCUUGGUGUCACAUGUAUUUUAGCAAGAAGGUCAUCAUGAUAGAGGGUCAUGUGACCACAAGCAGCUCCAGAAAAGCUUGAGAACUUGCCUCAGGAGGAGGGGAUGGUGGGAGAUAGAGAAACACUCUGCUCUGUAGGAACUGUCUUCAUCCAUGCAGGAAAUUCCAUGUUCUCUUUCAACACCUGGGAGGACUCAGCCAGGGAGGCUGACAGGCAAUUCACUCAGCACAAGGGGAACCUUUUCCAACAAAGUCGUCCCCUGCCUCGCAAGCAGACGCCCUCCAAGUUUGUUAUGGUUUCUAUUCCUGCAAUGUGUGGUAUCAAAACCACUUCCUGGAAUUGUAAAAACGCUGCCAGAAUAAAUGUUUUUCCCCCUUCCAAGAAAAAAAACGACAGUGCUCGUAUCUGACGCUUGUGCAUUAGACUGAAUGAAUAAAAAGGAAAGGGUUUGGUGUAAUUCCUGUAGGGUGUGUGUUCUUUUUCAUGCCACAGUUUGUGAAUUGUAAUUGUGGUUUCCUAUUUAAUUGUCGUGACCGGGCAGAAAUUAAAAAAAAAAAAUUCAAAAAGGUGUAAUAAAAAUACAAAGAAAUGGUUAAGCAA